AUGCCUUCCAAGUUGUUGAUAAGGAUCUUGCAUCACAUUACAUCUCAAGGUGGCACCAUAACCGGGACAUCACGAGGUGGCUAUGAUAACAAAAAGAUAGUCAAUAGUGUUGAAGAUCCCAGAAUUAAUCAGGUUUAUAUAAUAGGUGGAGAUGGAACACAAAAGGGGGCAUAUGCUAUGUAUGAGGAACUUAGAAGACGGGGUCUUAAAGUUGUGGUUAUCGGGAUAGCAAAAACUAUCGAUUAUGACAUUCCGAUUAUUGAUAAAUCAUUUGGAUUUGAUACUGCUGUUGAGGAGGCUCAACGCGCGAUUAACGCAACAGAUGCUGAAGAAGAGAGCAACGAGAAUUGGUUUAUUUUUAUUGCAAUGUAUGCGGCUGUUGCAAGCCUAGAUGUUGAUUAUUGUUUGAUCCCUGAGUGGCUGGGUCACCUUUCUAUCGUGAAGGGCAUGGUGGUCUUUUUAAACAUAUAG